CGUUGGAAGCACUUUCUCUCUUCUCGGGCUACCAGAAGAAAGGAGAACACUCCCCACACUCCGGCAUUACUCGCUCACACACACGCCACGAGUCCAAGGCUCAAGCGACUGCACACAGCCCGUUUAACUUGUCAUCAACUUUCCGGCUGAAGAAGCGAUGGUUACUUGUGCUUGGCCGAAGUGUGCGGGGCAACAUAGACGCUCGCAUGCGUGGGGUUAACUCCUUCAGCACAUAGAUGUUUAUAUAUUUACACAAAUUAUCUCUCCCCACUGUUUAAACGCUUUUAAUGGCUACGGCUGUUAUUGCCAGCACAAAAUGCCUGUCAUGAAAGGAUUGCUUGCGCCUCAGAACACCUUUUUGGACACAAUUGCUACACGAUUCGACGGAACUCACAGCAACUUUGUGCUGGGAAAUGCUCAGGUUCUGAACGUAUAUCCAAUAGUGUACUGCUCUGAUGGAUUCUGUGAAUUGACUGGCUAUGCCCGAGCAGAACUCAUGCAGAAGUCCUGUGCUUGCAAGUUCCUCUAUGGAGUAGAAACAAAUGAAGUCAUGAAAAUACAGAUUCAGAAAGCACUGGAUGAGAAGACUGAGUUCAAGACUGAGCUUAUAUUCUACAAGAAAAGUGGUGCAUCCUUUUGGUGUCUGUUAGAUAUUGUUCCAAUUAAGAAUGAAAAGGGAGAGGUUGUGCUGUUCCUGGCCUCACAUAAGGACAUUACUGAUAGCAAGAACAAUUUGUCACCCGGCAGUACAAAAGAUCCAGAUAACUUGGAAAUCGACAGAAACACGAGGCCACCAGGGUUCAACGCUAACAGAAGAAGGAGCCGUGCUGUAUUGUACCAUUUGUCAGGACACUUACAGAAACAGGACAAGAGCAAGCUGAAGAAUGUCUUUGGAGAGAAACCUGCACUCCCAGAAUAUAAAGUUGCAGCUAUCCAGAAAUCCAGGUUUAUUCUGCUUCAUUACGGCACUUUCAAAGCUGGAUGGGACUGGUUGAUCCUCUUGGCAACAUUUUACGUUGCAGUGACUGUUCCAUACAACGUCUGCUUCAGCGCCGGCAGAGACGACCAUUCCGCUGCUUCAAGAAAUCCGCCCAGUGUGAGCGACAUCUUUGUAGAGAUCCUCUUCAUGCUUGACAUAAUACUGAAUUUUCGAACUACAUACGUCAGCAAGUCUGGGCAGGUUGUCUAUGAUCCUCGGUCAAUUUGUGUACAUUAUGCAACAACCUGGUUCUUCGUGGAUCUUAUAGCUGCACUUCCAUUUGACCUCCUCUAUGCAUUCAAUAUCAAUGUGUAUUUUGGUGUUCACCUGCUAAAGACGGUGCGUUUACUGCGACUACUGCGGCUGCUUCAGAAACUGGACCGCUACUCCCAAUACAGCGCCGUGGUGCUCACCCUCCUCAUGUCCAUGUUUGCUCUGAUCGCACACUGGAUGGCCUGCAUCUGGUACUUCAUUGGGCAGAAGGAAAUUGAAGUCAAUGACCUGUCCACCUGGGAGAUUGGUUGGCUUCACGAGUUGGCAAAGCGUUUGGGAACUCCGUAUGUAUACGUUUCAACACUGAGUGCCUCCACCACCCUGAACUCCACUCUUCAGAGCACCUCCAUUAACACCAGCUCUGGAGGUAAUAGUUCCAGUCUGGAGCUGCUGGGAGGUCCCUCAAUCCGAAGCUCCUACAUCACAUCACUCUACUUUGCACUCAGCAGCCUCACCAGUGUGGGCUUUGGGAAUGUGUCAGCUAACACAGAUGCUGAGAAAAUCUUUUCCAUUUGCACCAUGCUCAUAGGAGCUCUCAUGCACGCAGUGGUGUUUGGCAACGUGACUGCGAUAAUCCAGAGAAUGUAUUCUCGACGUUCCUUGUACCACACCAGGACUAAAGACUUGAAGGACUUCAUUCGUGUUCAUCGACUGCCCAAACAACUGAAGCAGCGAAUGCUCGAAUGUUUCCAAACCACAUGGUCUGUGAAUAGUGGUAUUGAUGCAAACGAGCUUCUGAAAGAUUUUCCUGACGAGCUACGGGCAGACAUUGCAAUGCAUCUGAACAAAGAAAUCCUUCAGCUGCCUAUAUUUGAAUCAUCUAGCCGUGGGUGCCUUCGAUCUCUCUCCCUCAGCAUCAAAACCUCUUUCUGUGCCCCUGGGGAAUACCUCAUCCGCCAGGGCGAUGCUCUGCAAGCCAUCUACUUUGUCUGCUCAGGUUCCAUGGAGGUCCUGAAGGACAACACUGUACUGGCCAUUCUAGGAAAAGGCGAUUUGAUUGGCUCCGACUUUCUGGCCAGGGAUCAGGUGAUUAAGACUAAUGCCAAUGUGAAGGCUCUGACCUACUGUGACCUGCAGUACAUCAUUCUGAAGGGUUUGCGGGAGGUGCUAGAGCUAUAUCCAGAAUAUGCACACAAAUUCAUUGAAGAUAUCCAACAUGACCUGACCUACAACCUGCGAGAAGGGAGUGACUCUGAUUUGGAAUAUGCACGCAAUGGUGGCCUUAUCCAGAAGCUGCCCGCCAUCCAGGAGGAUGAAGAACUCGAAGACGAUGAAAGUACACCCUUGUCUCCCAAUGCAAACAGUACUACAGGAAUGACACCACCAACCAGUGCAUUGUAUUCAUGUUCAGAGACAGACAAAGAGUUAUCCAAGCCAGCUACCUCGCCAAAUAACAGAAAGAAGAACAGCGGCAAAAGCAAACUUCCAAAUAACAAUGAGAACAAGCCAUCCAAGCUGCAAUUCCCUGCUGUAAACUCUUCUGCACCCUCCCAACUCAGCCCAAGGUUUGUGGAUGGAAUUGAAACUGGCAACAAUACACCGACUGGACAGACAUUUGAAUUCAAUGCCAAGCAGCUAAACGAAGAUAACUGCUAUUCUCAGUUAACCCCAGGAGAGGCGGAAGAGACCAAGCUACACAUCUGUAAACUUAACCGAGAGAUGCUGCACCUUUCUCAUCAGGUCACUCAGCUGAGUAAGGAAUUGCAGGACAUGAUGCUGCUUCUGAAACCUCUGCUGACCUGCCAUAGGUACGACCUUGCCUCCCCUGACCUUGUGCUGCACCCCAGUCCCUCAGCUCUGUACAGCAACAGCAGUGGAUUCAGCAGCAGUGUGCGCUCACAGGCUCCCUCCGUGGCCCUGACUUGCCCGGUCUUGUUGAGGCCCAACUUUCCACAUCGAUGCUCGUGGCCCGAUAGUAACCUUGACCCGCCAAGGUCACCAGCACUGAAUUUGCAAGGACAGACGGUUCACGCUUCAUUGUCUCUCAGCUCCUUGAUGGAUCCAUCGGUUCACAGAGACAGUGACCCGCACCUUCUGAAGCAGCCCAUGAAAGCCAACAGCUGCCUGUUACCUCAUCAACAAGCCCUGCAUGCAGAUUUAACGCCUUUUGCUUCUUCACCUCCCAGUACGUUGACAAAUUUAGAAGAGGAUAAUCAACCUGAUGAACUCAACAUCAUGGGACAUGACACACUCAUGGCAAAACUCUCAUUGCAAGCAGAUGUUGGUUGCUCACCACAUAGAGUGGCUGAACAUCUGGGCACAACAUUAAUGCCGGACCACCACAAGGGAGAUACGUGUUCUGUUGAGAUGGUCAGGACAUCCACUGAAGACUCUGGCAGCGACUCAAUUCAGUUCAUUGAUGAUGAUGGGACAAAUCUAUAA